GUUGCCUGCCAGCUGAUAGAUAAACAACAACAAACUUUUUGUUAUGAUUUUCCAUUCCGCAAAUUAUCAAUGAAUAUGACUGAUUUUCCUAUAUGAAGAUGCGUCUGCGCCGCCGCUGGCCGCGCAAGAUGCGGCGGGCAUUCGAGCAGCUGAAGAUGCAGUCUCGGCGAAAGCUGCAAAUACUCUUGGUGCUCGGAGGAUUGUGCCUAAUGGUUUGGCUAAUCGGUAGUUGGGCAUCCUCGUCAGAAAAUGCUGCAACCGGCGAGUCUCGUAGCUCGUGCAGCCCUAUCGAUGCAGUUUACACUUGGGUGAAUGGAUCGGAUCCCAACUUCAUAGAGGCCAUCCUACGCUUCGAUCCCAACUACGACCCCUCGCGAUUUGAUGACAAAAACGAGCUGAGGUAUUCCCUGCGCUCCCUGGAGAAGCACGCCAAUUGGAUUCGCCAUGUCUAUAUAGUCACGAAUGGCCAGAUUCCAAACUGGCUGGAUCUCAGUUACGAGAAAGUUACGGUGGUGCCACAUGAAGUGCUUGCACCCGAUCCCGCCCAGCUUCCAACAUUUUCCAGCUCCGCAAUCGAGACGUUCUUGCAUCGUAUACCAAAGCUGUCGAAAAGGUUUUUGUAUCUGAACGACGAUAUAUUCUUGGGAGCUCAGUUGUACCCCGAAGAUUUGUACACGGAAGCGGAGGGCGUGCGUGUUUACCAGGCUUGGAUGGUGCCCGAUUGCGCCUUGGACUGCCCGUGGACUUACAUAGGCGAUGGGGCCUGUGACCGACACUGCAAUAUUGAUGCCUGCCAGUUUGAUGGAGGCGAUUGCAGCGAAACUGGUCCCGCAGAUGCCGUGCACGUCGUUCCACCAAAUCAUGAGCCACACGAAACUCAGCCCAUUGGAGCAUUACAUCGGUUUCCGCACAUGGGUCUGCAGAAGCUGUUCAAGAAAAGCUCUGCUAACUUUAAAGAAGUUAUGCGCCACCGCAAUGUGUCUACGCUCACUGAGCUUCGUCGCAUUGUCGAGCGCUUCAAUAAAGACAAGCUCAUGUCCUUGAAUCCCGAUCUUGAAGUAAGCAGCAUAGGUCCACCCACGACCAUUAGAAAUGUGCUGCAUAAGGAGGACUUUAAAUCGUCUACGGACAUCUACUCCCAUUCCCUGAUUGCCACAAAUAUGCUGCUAAAUCGAGCGUACGGUUUUAAGGCACGUCAUGUUCUAGCUCACGUGGGAUUUCUUAUUGACAGGGAUAUUGUGGAAGACAUGCAGCAGCGUUUUAGUAAACAGGUUAUCGAGACGGCCUUUCAGCGCUUCCGGGCAUCCACAGAUCUGCAGUAUGCAUUUGCCUAUUACUCAUUCCUCAUGAGCGAAACUCAGGUGCUGGGAGUGGAGGAAAUCUUUGAUGAGUUUGACACAGAUGGCUCGGGAACCUGGUCGGAUCGGGAGGUGCGCACUUUUCUCACGCGUAUCUAUCCGCCGCCGUUGGACUGGUCAGCCAUGCGUUACUUUGAGGAAGUCAUCCAAAAUUGUACCAGGAACCUGGGAUUGGACAUAAAAAUAGAGACUGUUGAGCACUCCACUCUGGUUUAUGAGAGAUACGAGGAUUCCAAUUUGCCAACCAUCACCAGGGAUUUAGUAGUCCGAUGCUCGUUGCUAGCUGAAGCUUUAGCCGCCAACUUUGCAGUGCGCCCCAAGUAUCGCUUUCAUGUCAACCCAAAGCGCACUUCACACAGUAACUUUAUGAUGCUCACAUCCAACCUAACAGAGGUGGUAGAGUCCCUGGAUCGCUUGCGCCGGAAUCCUCGUAAAUUCAACUGCAUUAACGAUAAUCUGGACGCAAACAGAAACGAGGAUAAUGAACUUGUCCGGCACCUGCUAGAGGAUUUUUAUCUAUCCUUCUUUCCGCGUCGCAGCAAGUUUGAACUGCCGCUCCAGUUCCGCAAUCGUUAUGCAUCUUGGCGGGACUACCAGAGGUGGAGACGACGAAAACGAGCGGUCCUGAUUGUGGGCUAUGGAGUUAGCCUUCUGUUGGUAGUUGGUCUUUUUAGGUUUAUGUGCCAGCACAAAGCCAAGUUUGUAAGACGUUGUGUGCAGCGCCUCUAGGGCUCUAAUAAUCUCUUCUGGAAUGUUGUGAUAAGUUGUGAGAACCUUUUUAUAUAUGUACUGGCCAUUUCAGCAAACAAGCAUAGUCAAAUCUAGUUGUAGGCCCUAGAAAAGGGCUAUUUUCUAGUUUAUUAAGUGCAUGUUAGAGGCUAUAUUUAGGAUUAGUUUAAAAGGCAUAAAUGUGUAGUAAAGCUUUGUGUUCUUUAGAUUCUUUAGAGAUUAGCUUCCAGUGAACUUCUUUGAUACUCAUCACUGCAGAGUCAUAAUCGAACUGAUUUAAAAACAAACCUUAGUUUAGAAUCUCUUUUUGAUUCAGCUAAUUUCUCUCUACAUUAUAUUAUCUAUAGUUCAAGUUAAAGCCCCUUAUGCUGAAUUAAAAACAGUAUUCUUUACC